UCUGUAAAACCUUCAAUGAGUCAAACAGCAACAAACGCGUAGCAACACGCGAUAAGAAAGUCUUUCUCAGACCGACCGGAAUCGUUAAACGACUUGCUUGCACGAUCUCUGAAGCAAACCCAAACUCAGAGCCACUGCAAUUUUUCUUUUCUCAAAAGUUGGAAUCCUUCCUUGAUCAGGCCUCAUUCUUUUCCGUUGCUUUUCUUUCCUUUUCCCACUGAGAAUAGUUCCCCAGAAAUUUAAUUCUCUUUCAGUUUUCCCAUUUCGUUAAAUGCGCUCGCGUUUACCGUUUCUGUUCCAUAAGAAAACGUGAGAUGAGCUUUGCAGCAAAAUAGGAUCUUCAUCAUUGGAGCAGCACUUUCUAAGAGAGAUUUGUGUUGAAGAGACUCGUCAUUUUGCUCUGUUCGUUUGCUUUUCCAGGGUUUCAGAUUGUUAAGGGGUUGUUUGUUUUGAUCAUUGCCGCAAGGUUUGGUUGCUCUUCAUUUCCGCGGCUCGGAGUUGCAGAAGAAGGUUGAAUAUCUUGUUGAAGUGCAUAUCCGUAUCUCAAGAUUAUCCAACUAAAAUUUGGGCUGUGAACUCUCUUUUUGGUUCUAUAUUUCCAUUGUAGCUGUUAUGGCAGAGGAGAGUGUCGAUUUAGCUGUGACCUCAGGAAAAACUAAACUUGAUGCGGCUUAUACAAGAAGAAAUUCUACUGGAAAAUCAAGUUCUUCACGCAGUGGACAAAAUAUUCCCCCUCAUUAUCUCAGAGCCUCAACUGGUUCUUGCCAUGAUUUCUGUAAAUAUGGGAGGGAACAUACAUUUGAAGCGAAGGCAAAACAGCCCUUACAGAAAAGAAUCACAGCAACAAAAGAUGACAGCAACAGAAAAAGUCCAAAGAGUGCAAUUUUGGCUGAGAGUAAGAAGAUGAUAGUGGCAAAAUUAAAACCUUUGCCUAAUUCUAAAAGUCAUGUACCUGGUAACCCUAAAAUCAUCACGCGGGAAGUUUCAUCAUCUUCUACAAAGUUAGAAGUUUCUUCGAAACCAGCUUCACCAAAUGCCAAGGAAGCUAAUUUGCCCACAAAGCGCUCUAUUUCUUCAAAGCCUAAACCUGUCCCGGAAAUGCUGUCGGUAUCAUCAUCACUUGACUCCUCAGCUGGUUUAAAUGGCCAAACAAUUAAUGAUGUCAGAGCAGGCAAGAAGACGGAGAUUCCCAAAGUAGUGGUAAAGAAAGCACCAAUACCCUUGACGGCUUCAUUGUCCUCCAAACCUUCUCUUCAAAAAGUCCCAAGCUUUAAUGCUAAAAGGCACAGGAUCUUGAAAGUUGUGACACCCUUGAGGAAUAAGAAUUUGAUCUGGAGAGCUGAAUCCAAGCCUUCCAAUGAAGACAAGGCUAGGGAAAAAAUCUUACCUGCACCAUUGCUGGCUGCAAUACCCUCCAAGCCUUCUGUUAAUAGGGAUACAGGCUUAAAGAAAAGGAUCCCGAAAGUUGCAUCACCUUUGAAGAAUCAGAACAUGGGGAGAAGAACUGAGCCCAGGCAAUCUAACAAUGACAAUGACAAGGAAAAAACCUUGCAUGUCAUCAAAAGCCUGAAAGUUGUGAAGAAUCAGAACAGGAAACCUGAACCUAAGAAAUCUAACAACAAUGAGGAUGAGGAAAACCCUUCACGUAUCAUCAAGAUGGAACGUGGGAGCAAAACCAUGGGACCUGCUAAGAAAGGAAGUACUGCCAAUUCGUUAUGUUCAUCUCUAUCAUCAUCUCUGAAAUCAUCCCCUCCCCUGAACUCACCGUCUUUGUCAUCCCUUGAAGAAGAUCAACAGUAUUCUGAAUUCACUAACAGUGAAGAAUAUGAUUCCAUUUCAGAAAAUGAUGAAACUCCGAACUUGAAUGAAGUUGAAACUUCUGAGCAGAAAUACAAAAGGAGGCCUAGAAAGGCGGUAAUGGUUCUCUCUGAAGACAAUGAUUGUGCACCUAUUAAGUUGACGUUCAGGAGGGGGAAAGUGAUCAACAUUCAGUCUGAGAAUAAUGCUCCUAGAAGGCUCAGAUUUAGGCAAGGCAGAGUGUUGGGGGAGAACAAAAAUGUUAGAGGUGAUGACCGAAGGAGAAGUUUUAAGAAGAGAGAAAUAGUUGAAGGUGAUACAAAUGAACCUGGUUCUGAAACGGUUGUCUUAAGGCAUCAAGAUGUGGAGGGAAAGAAAGAUGCCCAGAGUUUGUUCAAUAAUGUUAUUGAAGAAACAGCUAGUAAGCUCGCUGAAACCAGGAAGAGUAAGGUCAAGGCCUUGGUGGGUGCUUUUGAAACAGUCAUCUCCCUUCAGGAGAGCAAAACUCCUACCAGCACAGCUUCUUAGGAGUUGCAGAUGAUGUUUCUCUUCUUCCAGCAUGUGUUGGUUUGUUAAAAAAAAAAAUGUUUUUUUUUUUUUUUAAAUGAGAGUAACAAUAAUAACCUAAGCUUGUAAGUUGUAAAAGAGGAUAAGUGUUGUUCACAAGCUCUGUGAAGUUCCAUUAGCAAGGGUAGGUAGCUUCAGGCCUUCAGUUGACAUUAAGAAAAGCUUGGGUGGAGUUGAUUUUGGGACUGGUGUGUUGCUCUUGACAUGCUUUAUCUCUAUUCCCUGGAGGGUAUGCUGCUUCUUGCUUUCAUUUUGGUAUCUCAUCAAUGAAAUUAUACUCAUGACUUGUACAUUGAGCCAGGAAGAAAAAGGUUCGACUUGAUACAUUUACCAGUAUAUGCUUCAGUUUUAAUUGUAA